UAGCAGAGUACGGAAAGACAUGUAUAACGACACAUUAAAUGGUAGUACGGAGAAGAGAAGUGCAGAAUUACCAGAUGCUGUGGGACCUAUUGUACAGUUACAAGAGAAACUAUAUGUGCCUGUAAAAGAAUAUCCAGAUUUUAACUUCGUUGGAAGAAUCCUUGGGCCCAGAGGACUAACAGCCAAACAGCUCGAGGCGGAAACAGGGUGUAAGAUCAUGGUCCGAGGGAAGGGCUCCAUGAGGGACAAGAAGAAGAUCUGCUUUAAGAGCAGAGGCAGCCGUGGCCUAGCAGUUGUGGAGGCAGAGGAGGAGCAGAACCGAGGCAAGCCCAACUGGGAGCACCUGAACGAAGAUUUACACGUACUCAUCACUGUGGAGGAUGCUCAGAACAGAGCAGAAAUAAAGCUGAAGAGGGCUGUUGAAGAAGUGAAGAAGUUACUGAUACCUGCAGCAGAAGGAGAAGACAGCCUUAAAAAGAUGCAGCUGAUGGAGCUUGCGAUUCUGAACGGCACCUACCGGGAUGCCAACAUCAAAUCACCAACAGCCCAGGCUCCAAGGAUUAUCACUGGGCCUGCGCCUGUUCUCCCCCCAGCUGCCCUGCGUACUCCUACGCCAGCUGGCCCUACCAUAAUGCCUUUGAUCAGACAAAUACAAACCGCUGUCAUGCCAAACGGAACUCCUCAUCCCACCGCUGCAAUAGUUCCACCUGGACCCGAAGCCGGCUUAAUUUACACACCAUACGAGUACCCCUACACGCUGGCACCAGCUACGUCAAUCCUGGAGUACCCCAUCGAGCCCAGCGGUGUGUUAGGUGCGGUGGCUACUAAAGUUCGAAGGCACGAUAUGCGUGUCCAUCCUUACCAAAGGAUUGUGACCGCAGACCGAGCCGCCACCGGCAACUAACCUAUGACCUUCUGACCUCUGAACUCUUCACCCAAUGAUGACCUGACCAUGCCUGCCUGCUGAUCAGUUAACUGGUAAACGCCUGCGCUUGCCUGUCUUCAGUGCAGCGAGCUGGGGCUCUUGUCCGUUCGUCUUACCACCUAACAAAACAGACAGAGAAAUUGGUGUCCUC